AGACCCCCACCCGGCUCUGUGCAGCACUGAUACCCAGCCGGUACCGCUCCGCCCCCCACCCCCCUCUAUCAGCCGGUAGAAAAUGGAUUUCAAACGCGCUGGCCGGAACGGGAACCCGCGCGGACCGUGAUUGCAGGAACGCUAUAAAAGGGGCGCGCGGGAGCUGCGUCUCUUUAUUUUCCUCCUUCCAGCAGUCCGGCCGCGGCGCGUGCCACCUCCGGCUCUAUAAAAGCUGAACCGCUCCGUUCCUGUGUGUGCACGCGCCUGUGUGGAUGUGUGAGUUCAGUUAGCGAGUGGACCGACCGACUGGCAGAACCGCGAAACCAGGCCAGCGCGAGCUCAGGGUAGGGAAGGCUCAGCUAGCAGCAGCAGCCGAACGGUGACUCCUCCGAACCAGAGAUGGUCACGUCCGCAGUGGGGGUUGUCCUGCUGCUAACAUGGCUCCAGCACUGCGGUAACGUCCGAGCUACGAAGACGGAGUGUGAAGCCAAUCAGUUCCAGUGUGGAAACGGUCGCUGCAUCCCGUCGGUGUGGCAGUGUGACGGAGACGAAGACUGCGCAGAUGGCAGCGAUGAGGGCUCAUGUGUAAAAAAGACGUGUGCUGAGGUGGACUUUGUGUGCCGCAGCGGUCAGUGUGUCCCGAAGCGAUGGCACUGUGACGGCGAGCCAGACUGCGAGGACGGUUCUGAUGAAAGCGUAGAAAUCUGCCACAUGCGGACGUGCCGUGUGAACGAGUUCAGCUGCGGGCCGGGCACCACGCAGUGCAUCCCCGUCUUCUGGAAAUGCGACGGAGAGAAGGACUGCGACAAAGGAGAGGAUGAGGUCAACUGCGGUAACGUCACCUGCGCUCCCAACGAGUUCACCUGUGAGAGCGGCCGCUGCAUCUCCAGGAACUUCGUGUGCAACAGCGAGGACGACUGCGGUGAUGGCUCCGAUGAGGUGGAGUGCGCUCCGUCCUCCUGCGCUCCCAGCGAGUUCCAGUGCGGGAACUCGACCUGCAUCCCGUCCAGCUGGGUGUGCGACGAUGACGUGGACUGCCAGGACCAGUCUGAUGAGGACCCGACGCGCUGCGGGCGCCACCCGACGCCGCCGGCUAAGUGCUCGCCCAGCGAAAUGCAGUGCGGCUCAGGAGAAUGCAUCCACAAAAAGUGGAGAUGUGACGGCGACCCCGACUGCAAGGACGGCAGCGACGAGUCCAACUGCCCCGUGCGCAGCUGUGGGCCGGAUCAGUUCAGGUGUGACGAUGGAAGCUGCAUCCUGGGAAGCCGGCAGUGUAACGGCAUCAGAGACUGCGCCGACGCGUCGGAUGAAGCCAGCUGCAAAAACUUGACUCAGUGCAACGGCCCGGAGAAGUUCAAGUGUCGCAGCGGGGAGUGCAUCGAGAUGAGCAAGGUGUGCAACAAGAACAGGGACUGUCCGGACUGGAGCGACGAGCCCAUCAAGGAGUGCAAUGUCAACGAGUGUCUCCUGAACAACGGCGGCUGCUCUCACAUCUGCAAAGACAUGGUGAUCGGCUUCGAAUGCGACUGCACGCCUGGACUCCAGCUCAUCGACCACAAGACCUGCGGAGACGUCAAUGAGUGCAUGAACCCAGGGAUCUGCAGUCAGAUCUGCAUCAACCUGAAGGGAGGCUAUAAGUGUGAAUGUCACAACGGAUACCAGAUGGAUCCGACCACCGGCGUCUGCAAGGCCGUUGGUAAGGAGCCAUGUCUGAUCUUCACCAACCGCCGGGACAUCCGUCGUCUGGGUCUGGAGAGGAAGGAAUACACUCAGAUCGUAGAGCAGCAGAGAAACGCUGCGGCUUUGGACGCAGACUUCAACCAGCAGACCAUUUUCUGGGCUGAUCUGGGUCAGAAGGCCAUUUACAGUACCGUCCUGGACAAGCGAGGAGAUGUUGGAAUCCACAGGAAAGUGAUCGACAACGUCCAAACUCCUCUGGGGAUCGCUGUGGACUGGAUUUAUAAGAACCUGUACUGGUCCGAUCUGGGCACCAAAACCAUUUCUGUGGCAAACUUCAACGGAACAAAGCGGAAAGUUCUCUUCAACAGCGGCCUCAAAGAACCCGCUUCAGUGGCCGUGGAUCCUCUGUCUGGGUUCAUGUACUGGUCUGACUGGGGGGAGCCCGCCAAGAUAGAAAAGUCCGGUCUGAACGGAGUGAACCGGCAGGUUCUGGUGGCAACGGACAUCCAGUGGCCGAACGGGAUCACGCUUGAUCUGAUCAAAGGCCGGCUGUACUGGGUCGACUCCAAGCUGCACAUGCUCUGUAGUGUAGACCUGAACGGGGACAACCGGAACAAGGUGCUGCAGUCUGCAGACUACCUGGCUCACCCCUUUGCCCUCACAGUCUUUGAGGAUCGAGUUUUCUGGACAGACGGUGAAAACAAAGCGAUCUACGGCGCCAACAAGUUCUCUGGUUCUGACGUAACGACGCUCGCCAGCAAUCUGAACGACCCUCAGGACGUCAUCGUGUACCAUGAGCUGAUCCAGCUGUCUGGAACCAACUGGUGCUCAGAGAAAGGGGAGAACGGAGGCUGCAGCUACAUGUGUCUCCCUGCUCCGCAGAUCAACAAACACUCCCCCAAAUACAGCUGUGUGUGUCCUGAAGGCCAGGAGCUGGCUGCCGACGGCCAGCGCUGCAGACCCGAGUCUUCCUCCAAAGAUCCCUCAGAGGAUGGUAGCAAAGCGCUAACGCAGCCGCCUAAAGAAGCAAACAUCAGCUCGUCCAUCCAGGUGGACUCCACAGCCAGAGGCUCUGCUGCAGCCUGGGCCAUCCUGCCUGUCUUGCUGCUGGCCAUGGCCGGGGCGGGCGCCUACCUGAUGUGGAGGAACUGGCAGCUGAAAAACCAUAAGAGCAUGAACUUCGACAACCCAGUCUACCUUAAAACCACAGAAGAAGACCUAAACAUCGACAUCACUCGCCACGGCGCCAACGUAGGCCACACCUACCCAGCGAUUUCUAUCGUCAGCACAGAAGACGAUUUAUCCUGAUUCUCGGACUUCUUCGUUCUCGCGGAAACCUGCUCAGUUACAUGGCUGCCUCCUUGUUACCAUGCCAACGGGUUUCCGUAGCAGCAGCCCUUACAGUUGAACCACAUGCCUUCAGAAGUGCAUUAAGUCCUGAUCUGUGGUGAAGAGGAAAUGUUAUUUAUUAUGUGAAUACUUCCAUGUUGGCUUCACAGCCGUUCUGAAUUUAUUUAUGGAUUUUUGUUUUUUUUGUUCUGGUUUGGUCUCUGCUCAGCCGUUCUUUCUGGGUUCAGCCGAGGCUGAAACUUUAUCAAACGGUUUCCUGGAUCUGACUGGAACCAGGAUCCCGGUUCUCAGGUCUUAACGGGGAACAUGUUUGGAGACGACGCAGAGGGCGAAUAUUUACCCGGUUCUGAAGCAAACGUUGGGGCCUCUUUUUAUCGCUCUCUUCUUGCACAUUCGGAUUACUAUUGCUGACGUCGCCAUGGUUACAGCGUUUGUAAACAGUGUAAAUAUGUUUCCUCCCUCAGAGACGUGACUGUAAAUCAGGACACGGUUUGAUGCACUUUGAUCAAAGUUCUCUCUGUAAAUCAGAUUGUAUAAACGGACUUUGUUUAUGGCUGGAGACCUCAGAGCUCCGGCUUAUUUCAGAACGGAAGGAAAAAAAAUGGCUGAAUUUGGUAAAUGACUAUUUUGUAUGUUUGUGCUGUUGCUGUGAACUUUUUAUAGCCUUGUACAGUGAAGGAGAAAAUAAUGAAACUGCAUCUGGAAAUGAUCUGAUUCCUAAAGUAAUUUUGAAUUAAAACUAAAUCAGUGUUCAAAACGAA